AUGGACAAGGGUUCGCUUCUGGCAGCUUCGAGGGUGGAGCCCGUGGUUUCCAUAAACCCUCGCUCGACUGUCAUCGGCCGCUUGUGGCCACUCCUUGCUUUCGCCGCGCGGUUCCAGUACAUAAUCAGCUCAUUUUCCUCCUUCCUGUACAUCCAGACCUGCUUCGUCACGAGCCUCGCCGUCGUCAGCGCCCUUUGUGCAAGUCGCUUCCUCACCAUCCGGGCCUAUGUCGCUACCGAGUCUGGCGCCGUUCACGCUUUCAACAUGUCCGCCAAGGCUUUUGCGAAUCUCUGGGACGCCAAGACAACACGCGUGUUGAGGAGGAACCUCUUUUACGAGUUUGCCGUCUUUAUCCUCGGGAGCGGAAACUCCAUCAUCCUGUUGCUGUUCUGGCCGGGGUGGCUGGUGGUCGGCGGGGCGACAUUCGCGUUGUGGAAGUUCUUGGGGUGA